UAAGUAGUGAUAUUUCCUGGCGACAGAAAAGGCACCAUUUAGAAGGAAUGAGCCAAUUAUUUUAUUUUGUGGAAAUUAUAAUACAUUCCGACCUAGUUUAGCAUUCAUUAUAUUGUCCAAAUAUGGCAUAUAGUAUCCGUUUGAAUCGCUUUCAAUGAGGGACUUUUAUUUUGAAGGCGAACUACAAAUUCCACAAUUGUGGCUAAUCCUUAUUGUGGCUAGCUUCACACAGGUGAGAGGACCUUUCCUAUAAACUUGGAGCCAAAUACCGGAGUGUUCAUUGACUCCCAACAUCCAUGCCAUCGCAUCACUACACACCAGACAAUUCUACCGUUCACAGUGAAAUGGCAAGAAAAACGGACGUCCCUUCCCUUUAUUACGGAGAACCACGGAAGUUUGACCCAACAUUUAGAGGACCAAUCUGCAACAGAAGCUGCACAGACUUGUUUUGCUGUGUGAUCUUCGUCAUCGUCAUCCUUGGAUACAUAGCACUAGGGACUGUGGCGUGGCUACAAGGUGACCCCAGGAAGGUGAUCUACCCUACAGACAGCUACGGACAAUUCUGUGGGCAGAAGGGCACUCCAAACGCAAAAAAAUCCACACUGUUCUACUUCAACAUCCUGAAAUGUGCCAACCCUGCUGUCCUCAUCAACUUACAGUGCCCGACCACUCAGAUGUGUGUUUCCAAGUGCCCGGACAAAUUUUCCACCUAUACAGAUGUGCAGUUGCAAUACCAAAUCACUGCCGCGCCCUGGGACUACUAUAGGCAGUUCUGCAAACCAGGAUUCAACAACCCAACAAAGCCCAUUGCACAAGUGUUACGAGACGAGGACUGUCCAUCGAUGAUUGUGCCUAGCAGACCAUUCCUGCAGCGUUGUUUUCCUGACUUCAUCACUCAAAAUGGAACCCUGACGGUGGCCAAAAAAACCCACUUCAAAGAUGCCCUGGACACAGCCCGCAGUGUGACUGAACUAAGAGAUGCUGCCAAUGGCAUCACAGGUCUGGUGGAUGCUAAGGAGGUUGGGAUGAAGAUUGUGGAGGACUACGCCGCCUCAUGGAACUGGAUCUUAAUAGGUCUGGUGAUGGCUCUGGUGGUCAGUCUGAUCUUCAUCCUGCUGCUACGUUUCACUGCCGGACUCCUCCUCUGGUUCACCAUCAUUGCAGUCAUACUGGUCAUUGCAUACGGAAUAUGGCACUGUUACCUGGAGUUCUCCCUGCUGAGGCAGCAGCCCGGGGCAGAUGUGACCAUCGUAGACAUUGGCUUCCAGACAGAUGUCAUGGUUUACCUGCAGCUCAGCCAGACAUGGUUCAUCUUCUUGAUAGCUCUGGGUACCAUAGAAGCCUCUAUCCUGAUCAUUCUUAUCUUCCUGAGGAGGAGAGUACGGGUGGCUAUCGCUCUACUGAGAGAGGGAAGCAAGGCCGUCAGCUACAUAAUGUCAACACUCUUCUACCCAAUCAUCACUUUCCUGCUGCUGGCCGUCUGCAGCUCCUAUUUUGCCGUCACCUCUGUAUUCCUGGCCUCCUCUGGAGAUGCCAUCUAUAAAGUAAUGGCUGCUGAGUCCAACUGCAUGUACGCAAACAAGACAUGUAAUCCUGAGACGUUCAACAAGACCAACGUGUCUACGGCAUGUCCGGGAGCCCAGUGUACAUUUGCAUUCUACGGCGGGGAGACGCCCUACCACCGCUACCUCUUCAUCCUCCAGCUGUCCAACCUGCUCAUCUUCCUGUGGCUGGUCAACUUCACCAUCGCCCUGGGACAGUGUACCCUGGCUGGGGCCUUCGCUUCCUACUACUGGGCCCGGAGGAAGCCCCAGGACAUCCCCCCCUGUCCCCUGUUCUCUUCAUUUAGCAGGGCCAUACGGUAUCACACAGGCUCUCUUGCGUUUGGUGCUCUAAUUCUGGCCGUGGUUCAGAUGGCCCGAAUUAUCCUGGAGUAUCUAGAUUCUAAACUCAAAGGUGCCAAUAACGUGGCAGCACGCUUCGUGCUCUGCUGCCUCAAAUGCUGUUUCUGGUGUCUAGAGCGCUUCGUCAAAUUCAUGAACAGAAAUGCUUACAUUAUGAUUGCGAUAUAUGGGAAGGGCUUCUGCAUGUCAGCUCGAGAUGCCUUCUGCCUACUGAUGAGAAACGUAGUCAGGGUGGCGGUGCUGGACAGAGUGACUGACUUCCUACUGUUCCUGGGUAAAGUGCUAAUAGCAGGGAGUGUAGGCGUCAUAGCCUUCUUUUUCUUCACACACAAAAUGCCCAUCUUUCAGGAAGAAGUGCCGACCUUGCAUUACUACUGGGUACCGUUACUGACGGUGAUAUUCGGGUCCUAUUUGAUCGCUCACGGAUUCUUCAGCGUCUAUGCAAUGUGUGUAGACACACUGUUUCUGUGUUUCUGUGAGGACUUGGAGAGGAAUGAUGGGAGCUCUGAGAAGCCUUUCCUCAUGUCCGCUGGGCUUCACAGUAUUCUGAGAAAAACUGACCACCACUGAGGGACACAAAACAAAACUGUCCUACAAACUAAUAGCUUUACUCUUCUGAGAUAUUUAGCAUGCUUUAAAUUCAACGGAACAGAGCUGAACACAAGCUACCUACACUAUGCUGUCUAUCAGCUAGCAAGUAAUAUCAGUCUCUAAUGGACGAUGAGACCACUGGCUGUGACUAUUGCAACUGAAGAACCUUCUCAACUCUUCAGAAUGAACACUGACUGUGAUUUUGAGGGACUCUGAGACUCCUUAAGAACUCUUACAUUGACUAUGACAUUUGUGAUCAUUCAAAUAAUUAUUAGAAGUACAGGACACAGACAAUGAGACUAAUAGUGUGACUAUUAAGCAUGAAGACUUUGCUACUGCCUUACCUCAAGACUAGGAAUUUGCAGGCAGCAACUCAUUUGGAACAAGGUCAGAUGGUCAGACUUCACUGUGACUUGUUCAGAUAAUCCAACAAACUCGUAACUCUCUGGUGCAGUGAGAGAGAGAUUUAGAGACUUCUGGUUUGCUCCAAACACAUCAGAGGCUAUGCAUAUCCAACCUGCAGGACACUACUAUUGUCCCUACCAUCUUCAUUCAUCUGCAGCAGCUGUACUGUAACUGUAGUUUACAUGAACAAGGGACCUUAAUGCAAAGAAAAGUGCAGCAGACUCUGACAGAACCCUAAAUUGUAGUCUGACCAACACUUGUUCUGCGGACUUUGUCUUUUAGCUAAUGCUCAAACUAGUUGAUUUAUGCUACUCAAAGUCAAUAUUCAUUACUAAUGGAGUUCCAAAUACUUAGCCACUAAAGGCUAAGCAACAACAGUGUCAAGGACAAUCAUGAGAAAUUUUACCCUGUCACACUACUGCAGUCAACAGUGCAGUUUGCGGUCAAAACGUGAAACUGUGGUCACCUUUACACCCACAAAUGGGCUCAGGUACAGCACGGGUAGCGUGUGUGUGUGUGUGUGUGUGUGUGUGUGUGUGUGUGUGUGUGUGUGUGUGUGUGUGUGUGUGUGUGUGUGUGUGUGUGUGUGUGUGUGUGUGUGUGUGAUACUACACUGUACAUGUAUGUUAGUGGAGGCUGCUGAGGGGAGAAUGGCUCCUAAUAAUAUCCAGAACAGAGCAAAUGGAAUGGCAUCAGACACCUGGAAACCAUGGAUUUGAUGUAUUUGAUACCAUUCCACUGAUCCGCUCCAGUCAUUACCACGAGCCCGUUCUCCCCAAUUAAGGUGCCACCAACCUCCUUUGAUGUAUGUUUGGAGGGACUAGCUGUUCCGAAUAAGGGCUUCUGUAUAUCUGAUAUGCUCCUGUCCUACUGUAUGAAUAUUGAAUCCUAUUGUUUCAACUUCGUCAAAACCGGAUGGUUUCACUUUCAAAUCAGGAUUUGAGUUUGAAGUCAUGUCAUCUCUUGGUCCUGAUAGGAUCUCAUUACAACUGAAUGGUGUUACUCCCUGGCCAAUGGACAAUGAUAGGAAAACCUGCAAGCAAACAAAAAUCCCUAUGCCUAGUUUUGGUUGCUGUAUGGUGGAUUACAGUUGUCUGAAGUGCUGAUCUUUUUCAUUUUACCUGGAUGACCACCCCAGUUCUCGCAAAUACUUGGGGAGACUAUCAAAUACAGAGAAUGUGUACAAAACACUGGUCGAAAGCAUCCACUAUAUUAAACAGAAGGCUAAGGCAGAUCCUGUGGAGAUUCAGAUAAGUCUGUGUCACUGCAAUUUAAGAUCCAUUGAAAAAUAAAUGCUAUUUACCUAGCUGAGCAUAAGGUUUUAUGUACGACUUAAUUGCAGGUUCUAGUUAAUGUGCCUAGCUGGUUGAUAAUGGAGGCUUUUACUUUAGGCUAAACACCUUUUUAGACUCCUGGCAAUGGAAGGAUCUCAAUGUCAUUUUGGUAGAAUUUGUACUUCAGUGGUAGUACAGAUGAAAAAAGUGCUAUGUUUUUAUAAUGUCAAUUACAUGUACAUGCUCUUUUCUACAUUUUGGGAUGAAUAUUUAAUGUAUAUUUAAUUUGGGAUUUUCUUUUGUAAAAUUUAGUCAAUGAGAAUGUGAAGUGACCUUUAUAAAUAAAAUACAUUUGAAUAGUU